UGCAAGUUUUGAUCAUGGUCUUGCAAUGUAUUUCUGUUCCUUAACAGGUUUUUCUUCUCCAAAGAUAAAGCCGUGGCUGAAAUGAGUGAUAGCAACUCGGCUAAAACAACCAUUAUUCAGCAAGCAAUAGUUUCAUGUUGUGGAGCUAUUAUUACAUCAUUAUUUGUAACUCCUCUUGAUGUUACCAAAACUCGACUGCAAGCCCAAAGCAAUCCAUUCUCCAAAGGAAAGUGUUUUGUAUACUCCAGUGGCCUUAUGGAUCAUAUAUGUGUUUGUGACAAUGGGAACCACAAAGCCUGGUAUAAAAAACCUGGGCAUUUCAAAGGGAGGUCGGAUGCAUUUGUGAAAAUUACUCAAAGAGAGUGAGUUAAGUCACUGUGGAGAGGACUUCCCCUAACACUAAUAAUGGCACUCCCUACCACAGUAACCUGCUAUAACCAACUGAGUGAAGCUUUGAAAUCUGGACUAGGAAAGGAUGAUGAGCACGUUCCAGUUCUUGCAGGUUCCUUAAGCAGAUUUGGUUCCAUUACCGUUGUGAGCCCCCUGGAGCUGAUCAGAAAUAGAAUGCAGUAUUGCAAGUUCUCCUCCAAGCUACUGUACUUGUGUGUCAGCAGUAAAGUGGCUUCAGACGGAUGGCUUUCCUUGUGGAGGGGCUGGAGUUCUACUGUUCUGAGAGAUGUACCUUUCUCAGCAAUGUACUGGUAUAAUUAUGAGCAUUUCAAGAAGAUCCUGUGCAAGGAACUUGGUGCACACAAACCAACAUUUUUUAUUUCUUUUGCUUCAGGAGCAGCAUCUGGCUCUAUGGUAUGUGUCAUAACUCUGCCAUUUGAUGUAGUGAAAACACAGCAGACUGAACUUUGGGAGUGAGAGACCUUAAAAAUUCCACAGAGGGAUAGUACAUCGACCUGGGCAGUUAUGAGGAAAAUUUUCGCUAAAAAUGGGAUUACUGGAUUAUUUGCUGGUAUUAUUGCACGGCUGUUUAAAGUUGCUCCUGCAUGUGCCCUAAUGAUCAGCACAUAUGAAUAUGGAAAGUCUUUUUUUUCUCAUUUAAAUAGAAAGAUGAGCCAACAUCCUUAUUCUACUUCAUCUGAUUGUAUGAAGUCAAAAUACAGGGUGGAAGUUGUGCCGAAUUUGAAUCUGUGAAGGUAUUUUCUAGAACUCCCAGUGAACGUCUGUCAUUAUAUUUGGUAACAAAUACAACUUCAUUUUUAACACAAAGGAUAAAUUCACUUUUUUCUUAAGACUAAGAACAUAAUCAUGACAAUCUAUCAGUGAAGACUUUGUGACUUCUCUUGCCACUAGAUGGAAAUAGAAAUGAGAAAAUAAAACAGAUGCUGACUGUUCUUCUGUGAUGGUUAAAAGGAAAAAAAAGGAGACUGGACAGAAUAAUGAGGAAUAACCACUGCCACUGUGUUAAUAUUCAGUCCAACUAAAAACUUUUGUUGGGCAUGUAAAAUGAGGUUUAGAAAAUUGUAUGAUACGAUUAUUCUUCCAUAAGGAGGUUGAUACAGAAUGAAUUCAAUAAAUGUUUAUUUAUUUUGCUUAA